AUGUCCGCCAAGUCUAUCUUCGAGGCCGACGGCAAGGCCAUCCUCAACUACCACCUCACCCGCGCUCCGGUCAUCAAGGCUACCCCUCUUCCUCCCUCCUCCACACACAACCCGCCUCCUCGCCUGGCCUCCCUCCAUUUCCCUGAUGACAAGACCGUCAAGGAUGUCCUCGACCAAGCUGAGGUCAUCUACCCGUGGCUCCUGAUCCCCGGCUCUAAGUUUGUCGCGAAGCCCGAUCAAUUGAUCAAGCGUCGAGGCAAGUCCGGCCUCCUCGCCCUCAACAAGACCUGGGCGGAGGCUCGUGAAUGGAUUGAGGCUCGCGCCACCAAGGAAGUUCAGGUUGAGCAUGUCACAGGAGUGCUGCGCCAUUUCCUGGUGGAGCCCAUGGUUCCCCACGAUCAGUCGAGCGAGGCUUACGUGUGCAUCAACUCCGUCCGUGAGGGCGACUGGAUUCUCUUCUACCACGAGGGUGGUGUCGAUGUUGGUGAUGUCGAUGCGAAGGCCGAGAAGCUCCUCAUCCCCGUCGACCUGAAGAAGUUCCCCUCCAACGAGGAGAUCGCCGCCGCGCUGCUGAGCAAGGUGCCCAAGGGCAUCCACAAUGUCCUGGUGGACUUCAUUUCCCGCCUGUACGCCGUCUACGUCGACUGCCAGUUCACUUACCUGGAGAUCAACCCUCUGGUUGUCAUCCCCAACGCCGAUGCCACCUCCGCUGACGUCUACUUCCUCGAUCUGGCGGCCAAGCUCGACCAGACCGCGGAGUUCGAGUGUGGCACUAAGUGGGCGGUUGCCCGCAGCCCCGCCGCCUUGGGUCUGCCCACCCUCGCGUCCACCGACGGCAAGGUCAACAUCGACGCUGGUCCGCCGAUGGAGUUCCCCGCCCCCUUCGGCCGUGAGCUGAGCAAGGAGGAGAAGUUCAUCUCUGACAUGGACGCCAAGACCGGUGCCUCGCUCAAGCUCACCGUUCUCAACGCCCACGGCCGUAUCUGGACCCUGGUUGCCGGUGGUGGUGCUUCCGUUGUCUACGCCGACGCCAUUGCCUCCGCUGGCUUCGUCAGUGAGCUCGCCAACUACGGCGAGUACAGUGGUGCUCCUAGCGAGGGAGCUACUUACUCCUACGCCAAGACUGUCCUGGACCUGAUGCUGCGUGCCCCCAUGAACCCUGAGGGUAAGGUCCUCUUCAUCGGCGGUGGUAUUGCCAACUUCACCAACGUCGCCUCCACCUUCAAGGGUGUCAUUCGCGCCAUUCGCGAGGUCGCUCCUGUGCUCGUCGAGCACAAGGUCCAGAUCUGGGUCCGUCGUGCUGGUCCCAACUACCAGGAGGGUCUGAAGAACAUCAAGUCCACUGGUCUCGAGCUCGGCCUGGACAUGCACGUGUACGGCCCCGAGAUGCACGUGUCUGGUAUCGUGCCCCUCGCUCUGCUGGGCAAGAAGACCGAUGUCAAGGAAUUCGGCGCAUAA